UUCCCCAGCACGGCCGGGGAAGACACGCGCGCGACCCGGAAGGCCUUCCCGCCACAACUCAAAGCGGGCGUGAGGGGGGCUGAUGGCGGAGGGAGCGACGGAGGCCCCUGCAGAGAGUGGUGGCGGAGGCGACUCAGGAGCCGGCGCGCUGGAACGGGGAGUGGCGCCCAUUAAGCCGCAAUACCUCACCACCAAGGAGCGGUUCCACGAAUUCCUGGAGGCCAAAGGGCAGGAGAAGCCCAGCCGGGAAACUGAGGCAGGAGACCCUGGUGGCAAUGACCUGGGUGAGCCUGAGGCCAAGCGGAUCCGGCUGGAGGACGAGCAGACAGGGGAUGGGCGGACGGAGGAUGGGCAGACGGAGGACGGGCGCACGGAGGACGGGCGCACGGAGGAGGCAGCCGAGCCGGGGGAGCAGCCGCAGGCUCAGAAGAGGGCCCGGGGCCAGAACAAGGGCCGGCCCCACGUGAAGCCCACGCACUACGACAAGGACCGGCUCUGCCCCUCCCUUGUCCAGGAACCGGCCACUCAGUGUGCGUUUGGGGCCCGCUGCCGCUUCCUGCACGACGUGGGCCGCUACCUGGCGGCCAAGCCGGCUGACCUGGGCCCGCGCUGCGUGCUCUUCGAGACCUUCGGCAGGUGCCCCGCGGGCGUGACCUGCCGCUUCGCCGGGGCCCACCUGGGGCCCGGGGGCCGGAACCUGGUGCGACAGGAGCAGGGCGUCCAGGCCCCGCCCGUCCGCAACGGCCUCGACAAGGCCCUGCAGCAGCAGCUGCGCAAGCGCCAGGUCCGCUUCGAGCGCGCCGAGCAGGCCCUGCGCCAGCUGAGCAGGGGCCAGCUGCCAGGUCCCCCCUCUGCUGUCCCCAAGGCCACAGAGGCCAAGGGUGCCCCGGCGCAGGACCCCCAGGAGCUGGGCACGGUGGCUCCUGCCAGUGGCCCCGUGCAGACCUGCGGGGCCCUGACGGACGAGGACAUCGUCAGGCUGCGGCCCUGUGAGAAGAGGCGGCUGGACAUCAGUGGCAAACUCUACCUGGCUCCCCUCACCACGUGCGGGAACCUGCCCUUCCGGCGGAUCUGUAAGCGCUUCGGGGCCGACGUGACCUGCGGGGAGAUGGCCGUGUGCACCAACCUGCUGCAGGGCCAGACGUCCGAGUGGGCCCUGCUCAGACGCCACCAGUGCGAGGACAUCUUCGGCGUCCAGCUGGAGGGUGCCUUCCCGGACACCAUGACCAAGUGCGCCGAGCUGCUGAACCGCACCGUGGACGUGGACUUCGUGGACAUCAACGUCGGCUGCCCCAUCGACCUGGUGUACAAGAAGGGUGGGGGCUGCGCGCUCAUGCAGCGCUCUGGCAAGUUCCAGCAGAUCGUGCGCGGCAUGAGCCAGGUGCUGGACGUGCCGCUGACGGUGAAGCUCCGCACGGGCGUCCAGGAGCGCACCCCCCUGGCCCACCGGCUGCUGCCCGAGCUGCGCACCUGGGGGGCGGCCCUGGUCACGGUGGGUCUCGGGGCGGCAGGUGGCGGGGACGCACCGAUGGCCCCUUCUCACGGCGUCUCUCCUCCCGCUCCCCCUCCGUCCCUGUGUCCGCCCGCCCGUCUCUCCGUCUGUCCGUCUCUCUGUCUCUCAGCCCGUCUCCCGCCCUCUCUGACCUCCGCUCCCGGCCCCCAGCUCCACGGCCGCUCCCGCGAGCAGCGCUACACCAAGCUGGCCGACUGGCGCUACAUCGAGCAGUGCGUCGCGGCCGCCAGCCCCAUGCCCCUGUUCGGGAACGGGGACAUCCUGUCCUAUGAGGAUGCCAACCGUGCCAUGCAGACGGGCGUCGCGGGCGUCAUGAUCGCCCGCGGCGCCCUGCUCAAGCCCUGGCUGUUCACGGAGAUCAAGGAGCAGCGACACUGGGACAUCUCGGCGUCCGAGCGCCUGGACAUCCUGCGGGACUUCACACACUACGGCCUGGAGCACUGGGGCUCGGACACGCAGGGCGUGGAGCGCACGCGCCGCUUCCUCCUCGAGUGGCUGUCCUUCCUGUGCAGGUACGUGCCCGUGGGCCUGCUGGAGCGGCUGCCACAGCGCCUCAACGAGCGGCCACCCUACUUCCUGGGCCGCGACUACCUGGAGACGCUCCUGGCCAGCCAGCGGGCGGCCGACUGGAUCCGCAUCAGCGAGAUGCUGCUGGGACCCGUGCCGCACGACUUCGUCUUCCUGCCGAAGCACAAGGCCAACGCGUACAAGUAGCCACGGGGCGGGCGGGGAUCCCUGGCCCCGAGACAAUAAAUUUUAUUCUUUGUAAGCCAGGCCUUUCU